GUUACGUGUUCCCUGGCCACUUCCUCUUUUCCUACAUGCUGGCCGUGGGAAAAUCCCUGCUGGGCUCUAUAAGAAGCCCCUGGGCUCUGAGCAGAACCAGAGGCUCCAGCUAAGAGGACAAGAUGAAGCCCGGCCUCUCAUUUCUCCUAGCCCUUCUGUUCUUCCUCGGCCAGGCUGCAGGGGAUUUGUGGGAUGUGGGACCCCCACUCCCUAGCUCCAGCUCCAGCUCCUUCCCAGGUGUUGAUUCCGGCUCCAGCUACUCGAGCAGCCGCAGCUCAGGUGGCAGAGGUUCUGUGUCCCAGUUGUUUUCCAAUGUCACCGGCUUUGUGGAUGACCGUGGGACCUGCCAGUGCUCUGUUUCCCUGCCAGACACCACCUUUCCCGUGGACAGAGUGGAACGCUUGGAAUUCACAGCUCAUGCUCUUUCUGAGAAGUUUGAGAAAGAGCUUUCUAAAGUGAAGGAAUAUGUCCAGUUAAUCAGUGUGUAUGAAAAGAAACUGUUAAACCUGACUGUCCGAAUUGAGAUCAUGGAGAAGGAUAUCAUUUCUUACACUGAACUGGAUUUCGAGCUGAUCAAGGUAGAAGUGAAGGAGAUGGAGAAACUGGUCAUACAGCUGAAGGAGAGUUUUGGUGGAAGCUCAGAAAUUGUUGACCAGCUGGAGGUGGAGAUAAGGAAUAUGACUCUCCUGGUAGAGCAGCUUGAGACUCUAGACAAAAACAAUGUCCUUGCCAUUCGCAAAGAAAUCGUGGCUCUGAAGAACAAGCUGAAAGAGUGCGAGGCCUCGAAAGGGGAAAACGCCCCUCUCGUCCGUCCUUCUCCCACUCCAGGGAGCUGUGGUCAUGGUGGUGUGGUGAACAUCAGCAAACCGUCUGUGGUUCAGCUCAACUGGAGAGGGUUUUCUUAUAAGUAUGGUGCUUGGGGUAGGGAUCACUCUUCCCAACAUCCAAACAAAGAACUGUAUUGGGUGGCGCCAUUGAAUACAGAUGGGAGACUGUUGGAGUAUUACAGACUGUACAACACAAUAGAUGAUUUGCUAUUGUAUAUAAAUGCUCGAGAGCUGCGGAUCACCUAUGGCCAAGGUAGUGGUACAGCAGUUUACAACAACAACAUGUACGUCAAUUUGUACAACACCAGGAAUAUUGCCAGAAUUAACCUCACCACCAACAGGAUUGCUGUGACUCAAACUCUUCCUGAUGCUGCCUAUAAUAACCGUUUUUCAUAUGCGAAUGUUGCUUGGCAAGAUAUUGACUUUGCUGUGGAUGAGAAUGGAUUGUGGGUGAUUUAUUCAACUGAAGCCAGCACUGGUAACAUGGUGAUUAGUAAACUCAAUGACACCACACUUGAGGUGCUAAACACCUGGUAUACCAAGCAGUAUAAGCCAUCUGCUUCUAAUGCCUUCAUGGUAUGUGGGGUUCUGUAUGCCACCCGUACUUUGAACACUAAAGCAGAAGAAAUUUUUUACUACUAUGAUACAAACACAGGGAAAGAGGGCAAACUAGACAUUGUAAUGUGGAAGAUGCAGGAAAAAGUACAGAGCAUUAACUAUAACCCUUUUGACCGGAAACUUUAUGUCUAUAAUGAUGGUUACCUUCUGAAUUAUGAUCUUUUUGUCCUGCAGAAGCCCCAGUAAGCUGUUUAGGUAUUAGGGUGAAAGAGAAAUAAAAUGUUUGUUGAAAAAAUCGUCUUCUCCACUUUCUUAUAUGUCUGCAGGAGCUUCUAGAAGUGUGUUCGUUCUGCAGCAAUAUUUAGGUGCAUAGUUCUACACACUAGAGACCUAGGAUAUUUGUCUUAAUUUGGUGAGUUCUCUCAGGAGCCAUCUGCCUCUUCAGAUGCAUUUUCCAACUGAAGUGAAGUCCUUCUAGGGUGGGAUUGUCAGAGGUCUAGGGGCACUGUGGGUCUAGUGAAGCCUACUGUGAUGUGGCAUCUGGAAAUUAAGGAACUUAAAGAUAACUCAGUAUGGCUUCCAGGGAUUCUUUGUACAGGAAAGAUUGCCCAGUGACCAGUUCUCUUCCAUGUAACCCCACUAAUUACUCCGUGCCUGGGGAUUAGUUAGGCAGAUUAAUAUCUGGAGCUCCUUGAGGGACCAAAUCUCCAACUUUUUUUUUUCCUCACUAGCACCUGGAAUGAUGCUUGUAUGUGGUAGAUAAGUAAAGUUGGCACGCUUCUAUUGUACCUGUAAAGCGCUAAGUUUUAUGGAGAAAGGCCUUUUUAUGCAUUAAAUUGUACACUGCAAAUAAAGCCCUGAAGGACCUGCAGAUGAGGCACGUGCUUUUUCUUUUCUCUCAUUGUCCACUGACCUAAAAGUCAGUAGAACCCUCUACCUUAACUUUCUUCCAAAGGCAGCUCAGAAGAUCAGAACCAGACUUACUAACCAAUUCCCCCUACCCACUCUCUACCUAUUGCUUUAAAAAAAUUAAUAGUUUUCUAUGGAACAGAUAUAAGAUUAGAAAAAUUAGUUUUCUUUGAUUUCAUCAUGAACUUCUAUUUACAUGGCUCUAAGACUAAGAUAAUCUGAUGGUAGCAAUAAAGUGCUAGCAUUUAUUGUUAUAUAAUAAAGACCUUGGAGCAUAUGUGCAACUUAUAAGCCUAUCAAUUGUUGCAUGUAAUUUUUGCCUUUGUUUAAGCCUGGAACUUGUAAGAAAAUAAAAAUUUAAUUUUUUUUCUAGGAUGAGAUACAGAAAGCUACUGAGAAUAUCUAGCUAAUCAGUGCAGUAGUUGGAAGCCUUGCUAGUGUACAUGAUGUACUUCUGUGCUUUCGAAUGGCUUUAUCAUGUGGUCUUUGUUUUUCCUUUGAUGGUCAAGUCUAGUCUAUAGGAUGGCCAUUUAAAUGCUUUACUCCCCCUUUUUAAAUACAUGAUUAAAAUGUGCUUUGAAAAAAA